AUGGAGACGAAUUCACCCCUCUCCAUAGCAAAACUUAUGCUCCCAAAGAUGCCUAUGAUAGGGAAAACCCUUGUUUCUCACACUCUAGGCAUGUCCCCCCAUUCCACCCACUGGGAUCUCAAAACCGAACUCACAGUCAACAUUCUCCGCUCUUUCCUGUACGCCGCCCCAUCCCCCAUUUCCAAAAUCCAAGCUGUGACACUACAGGAUUCUGGAAUCAAAGGCCGGAUCUGGAUAUCUAAAGUCACGCUGGCAAUCCCCUCUGAAGAUGAUGUUCGUCAGAAGUUAUUCAAAGUUAUAGAGGACAUGAAAGUCCCACUGAAUUCCGGACAAUCACCACAAGAUGGAGGAUUCCAAAAACCAGAUUUAUUCCCCGUAGAAGGCGAAUGGACCGGCCAUCGCGGCUAUGCGCCUAAAAAUGCCCCAAGACUUCGAAUUUCAGAAGCUCAACAAUACGUUGAGAUGAUGAAAGAAGUUACUUCUCCCGUGACAAUCCUCUAUAUGCACGGGGAGCACACUGGCUUCUUGAUCCCGCCAGCUAUCGCGGCCCAUGCAAGAAACUCGCCAAGAUAA